AUGGCCGACUUUUCAGAUGAAGGGGACCGCCAACUCGUUCAGCUCGCGGUGGUGUACGAGCAAGCGGGAAGACGAACCGACUGGGUGUCAGUGGAGAAAGACAUGAGGCCGUCAACAUGGAGCGCAGCCAAACUGCAACAGCGAAUCAAGACGCUCAAGAGACGAUAUGGCAAUAAAGUGCUGAGUUUCCCCCACGCUAUUUCCGCCCGCCACCAGACCGAGCAGGACUGCAUUUGGAAGCCAAAGCCGCGUCUCCUCUACGGUUUUCGCCAUCACCACGUAUCACCGCUAGAAACCUACAGCGCCACUGGAGGACUAUUCUGCCUACUCACCAGGCGUGAUGUGCGCGCGAGUGAACGUCAGCAAAAUGCCGGGGAGAUUACAAUGGCUGGGGUGUCCAUGCUGAUCGAAGGAGCGAAUAUUCAAGUGAAUGACGUGUUUCUGGAUGCUGGAUCCGGCGUGGGAAAUGUUCUCGCUCAAGUCGCUCUGCAAACGCAAGCAUUUUGUGUGGUUGGUAUUGAGAUCCAACGUGACCUGGCCGCUAGAGGUAUGGAGCUGAUUGCGUCUAGGGCAUCGCGCUUUCCACACUUGCUCAAGAUCAGCGUCGUCGCCGCAGACAUCCGCAAUAUUGCUGAAGGCAGCGAUACUGUUAUCAAUGCUGAUCCAGACUCGAACCACCUCAUCUACGCUGUCGACACGGGUGUGUCCGCGGCAUCGUAA